AGAGGGAGAGAGAUGGAGGAGAAAGCAACAAUAGUUGUAGUGGGAGUAGUUGUUCUGCUUCUGCAACUGGUAUCUUCCAUUAACUGUAUAUCAGAUCGCACCCAAUUCCCUGAAACAUUUCUAUUUGGUACUGCAACUUCUGCAUACCAGGUUGAAGGUGGCUACUUAGCGGAUAACAAAAGCCUCAGCAAUUGGGAUUUAUUCACCAAAAUACCAGGGAAUAUCCAAGAUGGAAGUAGUGGAGAUAUUGCUGAUGAUCACUACCAUCGUUUCAUGGAAGAUGUGGAGCUAAUGCAUUCACUGGGAGUUAAUUCUUACAGAUUCUCCAUUUCAUGGUCAAGAGUCCUCCCAAGUGGUAGAUUUGGAGAGAUUAAUCCUGCUGGAAUUGAAUUCUACAAUAAGCUCAUAAAUGCCCUGGUACACAAAGGUAUACAACCAUUUGUUACAUUAUUCCAAUUUGAUAUUCCUCAAGAACUUGAAGACCGAUAUGGAUCAUGGUUGAGCUCCCAAAUACAGGAAGACUUUGGAUACUUUGCAGAUGUGUGUUUCAAAGCUUUUGGAGACAGAGUGAAGUAUUGGGUGACCAUAAAUGAGCCAAAUUUGAUGGUGUUUUUAGGUUACUUCAACGGGCAAUUCCCACCCCAUCAUUGUUCCAAGACAUUUGGUGAUUGUCAAUUGGGAGACUCUAAAACAGAACCAUACAUUGCAGCACACAAUGUAAUAUUAUCACAUGCAACAGCUGUUGACAUCUAUAGAAAAAAAUAUCAGGUUGAACAAGGGGGUAUGAUUGGGAUUGCGAUGAACACCUUCUGGUACGAACCACUUAGAGAUCUUCCAGCAGACCGAUUAGCAGUUCAAAAAGCUCUUUCAUUUUAUGUUGGAUGGUUCUUGGAUCCCAUUAUCUAUGGUGAAUACCCUCCUGAGAUCCAGAGACUCUUGGGUUUGAGGUUACCAAAGUUUUCAUUAGAAGAAAAGAAGAAACUAGAGAACAAGCUCGAUUUUAUCGGAAUCAAUCAUUACACAACUUAUUAUGCCAAGGACUGCAUGUUCUCUCAAUGUCAAUAUGAUACAUAUCAGUGGUUAUGGGAUGCCUCUAUAAUGCUCACAGGGGAAAGGAAUGGGAUCCCUAUAGGUGUUCCGACAGCAAUGCCUCGCUUCCACGUGGUUCCUAAUGGCCUCGAGAAGAUCGUCAGCUACUUGAAAGAAAGAUACAACAACACUCCAAUGUUCAUCACAGAAAAUGGAUACCCACAAGGGAGCAAUCCUGAUGUUUCUAUUGAAGACUUCCUCAAUGAUUCAAGCAGAGUAGAAUACCUGAGCAACUACCUGGAUUCCUUGACAGUAGCUAUGAGGCAUGGAGCUGAUGUAAGGGGGUAUUUCAUAUGGUCUCUUCUCGAUAAUUUUGAAUGGUGUUUUGGGUAUACAUUGCGGUUUGGGCUUUAUCAUGUGGACUUCAAUACAUUAGAGAGAACGCCUAAAUUAUCAGCAGAGUGGUACAAACAGUUUCUAACUAGAGCAAAGACAUUGAAAGAAAAGGGCAGCGAGACAGAAGUGUGGAACCUACGUUACUGAUUGAGGCAUCCAAAGUAACAUUAGUCUUUGACCUUUAGAAAAUAGUUUACUGGGUCUGACUAUUGUAAUAAUCAAGAAUGUCUUAAAACAUGGCUGCAUUGUUCAAUGUCAAUCAUGCUGGACUGUACACAAAUCUCAU